GCUUUUCUCUCCUCUAAAUCGUCUGUUGCCAUGGGAACUAAGCUAAAAAAUAUUCGACAUUCCCUUUAAGGGGUAAACCUGGAAGGGAACAGUAGGAGGUUAUUUUUGGCUUAUGUUGCCCCCUUUUAUCAGCCUCCUCACUGCUCGCUUCCAGAACCGACAGGGAACACGAUAUCGCCUCUUCUUAAUGUAUCCUCACCAUAUUUGGCACAACGGAAUAAUCCGAGCAGACUGUGGUAUGGAAAGAAGAUUUUGACAAAGAUUCUAUCAAAUUUGGGGAACAUGGACGUACAUAUUUUUUUUAUCAUGGCUUUCAGUGAUAUUUGACUUUCUACGAGACAUCUGGGACUCGUUUAUAUUUAACUUGGGGAAAACUUUUACAACUGGGUGAAGAAGUUUACCACUAGCUAAUAGGGAAAAUUCUCCAGCAUGGCGCACAGAAGAAAGAAUUCGCAUCCUUUGUGUAAACAGAAGAGAAUUUCCGCCGUUCUGGAUCUGUUAUCGGCCAAAUCUCGCCAAGAGGACACCAAGAGUGAUUUAGAAAAAGUGAUGCUUACAGAAAGGUCAGAGGUCAAUGCUGCGUCAUUUGGUAACAAGAAUGUGGACAAUAAACUGGACAUCCCUGAUGACCUUCUUAAAGAUUUCUUGGCUCUGAGGAGUGCCACGAACCUCGGCACGGCCGACCUCAUGCGGAAAUUAAUCAAAGACUAUUCCAAACUACCAAGUGGUGACACAAAAGACCUGACUAAGUCCGCUCCUUCUGACACGGAAACCUUAAGUGAGUACUAUCAAGAAGACCAAGAGGGUUACGUCAUCACUCAAAACAGAGACCAGGACGAGGCACUGGACAAGGAUCCCGCGGGGUCAAGUAUUCCUGAUGAUGAAGUGCCCUGCCCCAUGACGGCACACCAGCUGAGUGAUGGCUACACGUACUUGUAUGAUACUAAGAGCAUGGACGAGACUGUCCCGCCUAACUUGGAGCAGACGACAGGAAAUGGAACCGGUAAUGACGUUUAUUCCGAUGACGAAAAGGAUGGGCUUCAGGUCAAAUUUCAAAAUGGUGCGGUAACAAUCGAAGGCACAAAAUAUAAUCCAAAAAUCCACAUGGAUAAUCCAGAGACAGAAAAUAAAGGACCACCUCCACCUUAUCCUUUUGUCAGUAUACAUGGCGGUGCUCAUGGAAUGAUGCCGGUUGUUCCAGGUGGGAUGGGGCCUGGUGUCCCUGUGUUACCCGAACAUGUCCCACCAGAAGUUCUCGCCAUGAUGAACUCCGCCCGAAUCAAUCCUAUGAUCAGCGGGGGUAUAUCUGAAUGUGAGUCUCUUGAGGGAAAUAUAAGCGGAUGUUCGCCGACUGAAACUUUGCAACAUGACAAAAUUAGAAACCAAAUGGAGGAUAAUCUGUCCCUCGACAAUCCAUCAGAGACAGUAUCGUCACGUCUUUGGACUCCUUUGCCAAGUAAAAGACCAUAUGUCCACUCAAAGAAGAAAAACUUAGAGAAAGGCAAAAUGAAAUUGAUAGCUGAAAACACAUCGAACCAUGGCGUAUAUACGAGUGUUUUAAAAUUACCUUGGAGUAAACGUACACGAACACCUAAAGUAGAUACCGGGAAACACAUGCAGUUCACAAAUCUUCAAAACACAAAAGUGGACAGUUUUAAUUCUGUAACACAAGAGUCAAUAUCAUUAUCCACUCCACAACAGCCACUGCAGGAGAAAAAAAGCAAAAAAUUGCGACUGAGUGAUCAACCAAGAGAAAUACAGCCACAACUUCUUCCACAGCAGCCGAAUCAACCGUCCAUUGUUUUCCUUCCUCUACCCACUGGAAAUAUACCAACGUCGCAGGGAAUUUUCAUACCUACCCCUAACUUCCCUUGCUCAAUCCCAGGAUCCAUGCAGGCACCACUUCCUGUGGAUCCACAUGCAGCGGCUGCGCAGUCCAUGAUGAUGGUGUAUCCUAAUACCAACGUUAAUAGUCUUGGUAAGCCCGUUCGUAAGCGUGGAAGACCACCAAAAGUCCCAACAAUGACGAAAAUUGUUCCUGAUGAAAAGCAAGCGAAAUUUGAUUCCAGUUAUCCGACAUUUAUACCGCAGGCCUUCCCUCCGGCGGCCAUAGUCCUUAACGUUAAUAACAUGCUUAAUACGGGUAACAAUGUGACGGCAUCAAACACAAUCAGUAACAACUUGUCACCAUGUGACGUAAGCAGCUCUACCACUCAGGAUGUACAGAACCCAUCUUCUGCAUCCCAGAAUCAGGAUCUAAAGUUGUCACCAGUUUAUCCUAACGUACAAGUUCCAGUUACAUCGGCAAGUCCUACAAAUACAGAAAAGAAAUCCAGUUCAUCUAUUCAACACAACCCUCUAAUUCUUCCAAAACCGGAGCCCAAACUAAGUGGCAUUCCAUCGACCAUAAAUACUAAUCCUUUGAUGUCUAAAAGCUCUUCCUCCUCGGAGAUGAAAAUGGUAACAACAACUGCGAUGGCAAACACUUCAACCGGGGCCUUGUAUCAGGAAAUGGUCUUGUCUUCAAAGUCCCUAGUAAGCGUGAGACCAAGACGAAGACAGAGCACGUCAGAGUAUCUAAGGUCAAAGUCAUCAGAUCAAAACUUCAUCUGUACAUCCUUCCGUCUCCGAUCUCUAUCCACAGCUAAAAAGGAAAAGAAGAUGAGUCAGUAUGUUCCAGGAAUGAAACGACGGGGGCGCCCACCGAAAAAAAGGCUGGAGAAUAUGUUUGAAGGACAAAUGGUAGAAGUGAAUCAAAACGAAAUGGAAGACUUCAAUCGUCAAAACAUGAUCAAUCUCCAGCGGAUUCGGGAACAGAGAGAGAUGCAUAGUGGCGCUGAUUUGAAACCCGUCGGCGGUUUACAAAAUCUCGGAAUUUCUGGAAAAGAUGAUUCGUUUUCUGACAGUGUGGCCCAUCAAACAGAAAUUUCAGAAGGUGAAAAGAAGACAGCAGAGGGCGGAAGUGACGACACACAGUCUUACAGCCCUGUUGGAUCUCCUGAUAGUGAGGAAUAUUACGACUUGGAACGAGGCGAAGUUGAACAAAAUGAACCAAAUGAAAUGUUUCAUCAACUAUUCCACUGUAAGGUUUGCAAUGACAUUGUCCCUGUGGAAAAGAAAGAUGAGCAUUAUCUAAAACACUCAAAGGCCAAUAACUUUUGUGGAACUUGUGGUUCAGUUUUUCAAAGAGUUGUAUGUAAUGAUGCUAAUGGCGACUCAGUGGAGCUUUUAAAAUGUGAAAACUGUGAACAAGCGUCACAAAAUGACAACCAGGGAGCAGCGAUAUUCUGUCCAGAUUGCGGCGAGUCUUUUAGCAAUCCACUCACUCUCAAACAUCACCGGCAACUGGAGCACCCGAGCCUCCACAAGUCUCAGCAGGAGUCCUUCUUCCGAUGUAAUGAUUCUUCGUGCGGCAAAGCCUUCCGUACAAAGUAUGACCUUCGGUCCCAUGUUGUGCGUCGCCAUGAUGGAAACCAGCAAGUUUUCUGUAUCUAUGAGGGAUGCAGUAAAAAAUUUCAAAACGACCUGCAUCUUCAAGAACAUAUUAAGUUUAAACACAUUCAGAUAAGCUCUUCAAAAAUGUACAAGUGCACAAAACCCGGAUGUGAAAAAGAGUUCGAAAGUGAGAGACAUCUAAACAUUCAUCAUCUAAUUCAUCGCGAUGAGAAGCCAAUGAAAUGCCAGCUGUGUGAUUAUAGGUGUCGCCAGCAGUCAGCACUGGUGUGGCACGUGAGGAAACACCACCCCGAGGCUGUCCCGAAUUACGGACCCGGGUCCUCCGAAAGCUCUGGCCAGGAAGACAUCGAAGGGAGGGAACGCGACGAGGAAGACACGCAGUGAUUGCGCUUAUAUAACGAUACAAUUAAAAAAUCCAUCCAUUUGUUAAUAAAGUUUGUAAAAUAGUUUAUAUCUUUCGCUAAUAAAUUCAAAAUGUUA